AGUUUCACUGUGUGACUUGCAGGUAAAGCACCAUGACAUCCAGUGGCACAGAACAGAGUCUGCGCUAUCUUAACAGGGUGGUCCUCAUCACAGGUGGCACAAAGGGCAUCGGUGAAGCAACUGUCAGGUUGUUUGUGAAAAAUGGCGCCAAUGUUGUCUACUGUUCAAAAGAAGAAAAAGCUGUAGAUCUUGAAAUGGCAUUAAAAGAAUCUGGGCCGGGAACUGGCACCUACAUUCCCUGUGACGUAACAAAAGAAGAUGAAAUUAAGAGACUAAUUGAAGUAACAGUGAAGACACACGGACGAAUUGACUGUCUCAUCAAUAAUGCUGGUUGGCAUCCUCCAGAUCAGACAAUAGAUGACACGAGUGCACAGGAGUUCCAUGACCUUUUGAACUUAAAUUUAAUAGGAUACUUUCUCACAGCAAAGUAUGCUUUACCCCAUCUAAGAAAGACACAGGGAAACAUUAUCAACAUUUCAAGCCUCGUUGGAAUAAUUGGUCAAAAAUAUGCAAUACCCUAUGUGGCCACGAAGGGUGCCGUCACUGCGAUGACAAAGGCCAUGGCUGUGGAUGAAAGUCAAUAUAAUGUGAGGGUGAACAGUAUCUCUCCUGGUAACAUAUGGACUCCGCUGUGGGAAGAACUCUCAAGCCAUUCAGCUAAUCCAGAAGACAUGGUCCUUGGAGGCAAAGAUGCUCAGCUCCUGGGACGCAUGGGCACAGCUGAUGAGUGUGCCAAGGCCGCAUUGUAUCUAGCAGCCGAUGGCACAUUCUGCACUGGAAUCGAUCUGCUUCUAACAGGAGGAGCUGAGCUUAACUAUGGCAAUAAAAACCAACAGAAGAUCAUUAAUCACUAGUAUUUUAUUGGCUAUGAUUGAUGUAUUUUUAUGAAAAUGGACAAUAUUUUUGAGCUGUGAAAUAGGGUUUCAAAGCCUUUCCGCAGAGUAGAAGUAAGUCAC